UGUUACCUCAGUGAGUGAAGGUUAGGAUCUUAAAAUCAGGACGUUAUUUUGCCAGGAUUAAAGAUGGCGUCCCUCCGUAAUGAAUUUCGCCGAGUUUGGCUCAAGUGGAAGUGAGGCUGCCCCUACUAAGCAUGGCUGCUGGCACAGAAGACCCCACGAAGAAGAGGCCUCUUUCCUUCGCUGUGUGGCUCGGAGACCCCUUUGAGAGUGUAUCCUGCCCCUAUGAUGCUAACCAUCAAAUGCCUAAAUCUUCCCUGGAGAAGCAUAUGGUGUCCUGUAGGCUGAGGAAAUUGGAGUACUCUAAAGAGGAGGAGACUGAAAUGUAUGAUUCUACAUUUUUCUACGAGAAAGCAAAGAUUCCUAAAGUUCAAAUGGACAAGAAUUUGCAGUUUGACAUUAUUAAACAAGCCACUGCUAAAGAGUGUGGAAGUUACUGUCCAGAUGCUUUUUCCUCCAUGCCUGUUGAAGUUCCGCAGAAUCACAAGCGUUACAUCUGUGAUCUGACCCAAGCCGACCGCCUUGCGAUUUACGAUUACGUCCUUGCAGAAACAAAGAACCAGAGGUCAAGAUCCCAGCUGACGGAAAAUGACAGUGAUCUCUUUGUAGAUUUGGCAGCAAAAGUCAACCAAGAUGAUGGUCAGAAAGGACCAAAGUCCCAUCUUGAAAUUCUCGCAGAGAUGCGGGAUUAUAAACGACGGCGGCAGUCCUACAGAGCGAAAAAUGUUCACAUAACCAAGAAAUCCUACACAGAAGUAAUCAGAGAUGUAAUUGGAGUGCAUAUGGAAGAACUUGCCACUCAUUGGCAGGAUGAGAACAGGAAUUCAGAAGCUUGUGAUGAUGAAAAAUCUUUUUCAGUGAAGUCUUCAGGAAAAAAGGACGAACAGAGGUCUGCAUCAGCUGACUCAAGACAGUCUUGUGGAAGUUCAAAGGAUGUUGAUCACUCUAGACAUAGGAGAAAUUCCAGCAGAAGUCCAGGCAAACGAAAAAGAAGUCGAGAGAGAGAAAGGGAUUCCCGAAGGAAAAGAGAGAGAGAUGAAGGCAAGCAUCAUAGUCACAGAAGAAGAAAAUAAAACGUCUACCUUCGUUAACAGUAUGCCAGCAAUGUGAGGAAUAGAAAUUCAGCUGUGUAUUCUAUCCUGAUUUCAUCACCUAGCAGCUGAACCAGCCAUGUCAAGUAGACUGUGCUGUGUCAAGUACUUCAUCAUUUAAUAAAUGUCAUGUAAAAACUCUGUUCCAAUGCAGCUUGAUGUGCUCAGGGAAAGUGGGAGUGAGAUGUAAUGAUCUCAUUACAAUUCCUUUCAUUAUCCCAUAGAUAAAAUGUACCGGUAAAAUGACAUAGACAAAACAUAUUGAAUCAGUGUCUAGAGAUCUAUGAAAGUGAUGUGACUAGGCUUAACCCAGAGUUUGUUUCUCCAUGUUGCCAUCUCAGGAUGAUAGUAUCAUCACAAAUUAGCUAGUGAUCUCGUUUCAAACUGAAUCAGUGUUAUGAGUGUGUGUAUGUGAGAGCAAGAAAGAGAUCUUGGUCUGUGCUGUCUUUUCUGAUGAUAGUUUGGAUAAGACACAAAGCUAUAGCAGGAAAGACAUUAGAUACUCCUGUGAAAAGGCUGCCACUCACAGACCUCUUUUCUAUUUUUGCUCCUAUUUUUCACAUCCACUAAUUCAGAAGGCUUGAGAGAAGACACUUCAUGACUUGUCACUCAACCUGUACCUUUUAGGUGUUUGUCCAUAGGUCAGCCAAUAGAGUACAGUGGUUCUUUGAUAUGUGUGUUUUUAACUACAGCAGCAUACAAAUAUAAUAAAGCAAGGGAAUUAGAAAGCAAAUGUAUAAAAAGAUACGUUGUUUAAUAUGGGCUAAUUGUCACAGUCAAGAAAAAUGAGGUAAUAUUUUAUCAAUAUACGUGGAAAAUAAAGUUGGCAGACACUGGUACCCUGUAAGACUAAUUUUAUUUUUAUACUGAUUUGCUUUGUACAAGUUAUACAAAUCAUCCAACUUA